GGACUCCCAGCUCCCGCUCGCCCCACUCUGCGAUCACACCUCUGCUCUCAUCCAGGAAGCCACCAUGUCUUGCCGCUCCUACCGAGUCAGCUCUUGCCGCCGUGUGGGCAACUUCAGCUCUUGCUCAGCAGGGACCCUCCCCAACCUGAACCGCUUCCGGGCCAGCUCUGUCUCCUGCAGGAGUGGGCCCAGCUUCCGGGGCGUCGGCGGCUUUGGCAGUCGGAGCGUCAUCACCCUUGGAUCAUGCUCACCCCGGAUAGCGGCUGUAGGCCCUCAUCCCAUCCGCUGUGGAGUCGGCUUUGGUGCUGGCAGUGGGGUGGCCUUUGGCUUUGGUGAUGGCAUUGGUGCUGGUCUGGGGUGUGGGGUCGGCAGUGGCCUUGGCUAUGGCUUCGGCGGCCCUGGCUUUGGCUACAGAGUUGGAGGAUUUGGCAUCCCGGCGGCUCCAUCUAUCACAGCAGUGACUGUUAACCAGAGCCUGCUGACCCCCCUCAACCUGGAGAUUGACCCCAACGCCCAGAGGGUGAAGAGGGAUGAGAAGGAGCAAAUCAAGACCCUCAACAACAAAUUUGCCUCCUUCAUCGACAAGGUGCGGUUCCUGGAGCAGCAGAAUAAGCUCCUAGAGACCAAGUGGAGCUUCCUCCAAGAGCAGAAAUGUGCCAAGAGCAACCUGGAGCCCCUCUUCGAGAACUACAUCACCAGCCUGCAGAGGCAGCUGGACGUAGUGACCAGCGAACAGGCCCGGUUCGAGGCUGAGAGGAACCACCUGCAAGAUGUCCUUGAGGGUUUCAAGAAGAAGUAUGAAGAGGAAGUAGGAUUCCGCGCCAAUGCCGAGAAUGAGUUUGUGGCUCUGAAGAAGGAUGUGGAUGCAGCUUUCUUAAACAAGGCUGACCUAGAGGCCAACGUGGACACCCUAAUUCAGGAAAUCGACUUCCUGAAAACCCUCUACAUGGCGGAAAUCCAGUUGCUGCAGUCACACAUCUCAGAGACAUCGGUCAUCGUGAAGAUGGACAACAGCAGAGACCUGGACCUUGACGGGAUCAUUGCCGAAAUCAAGGCCCAGUAUGAAGAGGUCGCCAGGCGAAGUCGGGCUGAUGCUGAGGCCUGGUACCAGACCAAGUAUGAAGAGAUGCGGGUGACAGCUGGCCAACACUGUGACAACCUGCGCAAUACACGGGAUGAGAUCAAUGAGCUGACUCGCCUGAUCCAGCGGCUGAAGGCGGAGAUCGAGCACGCUAAGGCUCAGCGGGUCAAGCUGGAGGCCGCGGUGGCCCAGGCGGAGCAGCAGGGUGAGGCGGCCCUCAACGACGCCAAGUGCAAGCUGGCAGAUCUGGAGGGCGCGCUGCAGCAGGCCAAGCAGGACAUGGCGCGGCAGCUGCGCGAGUACCAGGAGCUCAUGAACGCCAAGCUGGGCCUGGACAUCGAGAUCGCCACCUACAGGCGCCUGCUGGAGGGCGAGGAGAUCCGGAUCUGCGAAGGUGUUGGACCAGUAAACAUAUCCGUGAGCAGCUCCCGGGGCGGCGUGCUAUGCGGGCCUGAGUCCCUAGUCACCAGCUCCACCCUCUCGCGCAGUGGGCUCACCUUCUCCAGCGGCAGCAGCAUCCGGUCCAGUGGUGACCUGCUGAGUGCUGGCUCCCGGGGGUGCUCGGUGCUGGUGGGCGACGCCUGCGCCCCCAGUGUCCCCUGCCCGCUGCCCACCGAGGGGGGCUUCAGCAGCUGUAGCGGGGGCCGCAGCAGCCGCAGCUCCAGCGUCCGCUUCGUGACCACCACCACCUCACGCAGAACCAAAUAUUGAGAUGCAAGCCCCAGCCAGCCACCACCCAGAGAAGAACCAGCUCAAUGUCUCCUGCUUCUGUCCCCAAAGCGCCUGGACUCUGAGCCCGAGGGGUCUCCAGCUACCCCCACUCCUGCCAGGAAGCCACAUUCAGCUCUCCUUCCCCGCCCCAAGGGCUGCUCUGCCUGGCCACCAUCCUCUGGGGGGAUUUUGUCGCCAGCUAAGCACUCCAUCCACAGCACCCCCUAGACGGGCUUCUCCCUGACUCCCAAUUUCCUUCCUUUGGAUCACUCCCCACCAUCCAGCUAACAGCCUCAAGAAAUGCAGAUUCAAUACAAUUACCAAAAUCAGGGCGCCAGGGGAAAAAGGAACCGUUCAAAGCCAAAAAGAAUGUGUUUGGGCACCACCACCAUCCAUGGCUUUGGAGCAACUUGGAAACUGGAGAGUUGACCGUCCACACCGCGAGCACCCUUAGCCCACUGUCCUUUGCUUCCUUCCUCUUCCUUUCCUUGGCAGGAGAAGGUUCUUUCCUUCUCUUCCUGACCCAGAAGGACCCACAGUCCUCGGUGGCCCAAAGGAUCCCUAAGUCCCCUGAGAUGGUUCUUCUCCGAGCGGCGUAUGUCCUGGCUGCUUCUCUUCCUGGGUUGUUGGCUUAACUCUGGCAUGUGUGUCCACGAGGCGGGUGGCGUGCUGGUGGAGAGGUGGGCUCUGCAACGCUCGGGCGGCCCCGCCCUGUUGUGGUGUGCGGGAGGCCCAGCCCUGGCUGCUGCCGGAGGGUUUCUGUCUGUACCCUCCAGGAAGGCCUGGGGUGGGUGAGGGGCCUGUUUGUACUGCUCUCUGUGUUCCUGGGUUUUCAAUAAACUUGCCAAGCUCACAUC